CGGCAGUAAUGCCGCUCAAUUUUGCAGUCGCUGCCAGCCUCCUCCUCCUAGGCCUACCCGGCCAUGAAGCCGCCUGCAGCAAGCCAAGCAAUGCCAUUGCCAGAACGAAUAUGACCGGGCACUUGGUGACGUUUGCUGUCUGGUAUCCUGUGCCCAUCCACAUGGGAGCAUGUCAAUGGUCGAAAUAUCCCGACACGUUCAAGCGAAGGUCGAACAAGCACAGGUUUAGGGUAAUUAUUGGCACUGACGACCGGAACUUUGUGGUGGAAUAUAUAUGCCUCGAUAUCGGAAAGCAGCCUAAAAUUGAGACUGUGAUCUACACCAAAAGCGAACGGCCCAGGGCCCUCGUCAUCAAGCAAAUUGUUUCCGUUCACACGAAAGUCGGCUUGGAUGAGUCCAAAAUCUGGUAUUGCAAACCCCAAAGAAAAAAAUAAAAUCACCUUCGCAGAGAACUUUACACAAA